UUUUCAAUCUGAUCCGGAUACAACAAAUUACAGUGCAUAUAAAUAUAUCAGGAGGCAGAAUCAAAUAUGAAAAGACAAACUGCCUUUGGAUACAAUUCCCAAACCCAAAAAAGCCAGAAUUUUCGAGCUUUUUUGGCUUUUUGGUGUCUUAGUCGAAAUCGUGCGAAAGGGCAAAAAAGAUGGCGAGCCCAGCUUUUUCGCCGGUUUUUUCUGUUUUUUCGUCGGAUUGUGUCCCAAAAAAACAAAAAAAGCCCGCGAAAUGCCAGAAAAUUGCCAAAAAAGCACGACUUUUCUGGCUUUUUUGGGUUUUGGCACGAUUUUGAUUCAAACGCCAAGGCACGAAAAACGCCCGAAAAGCCAAAAAAGCCAGAAGAAAAGCGAAAAAAGCCAGAAGAAAAGCGAAAAAAGCCAGAAAGUUCUGGCUUUUUUGGGUUUGGGAAUUGUAUCCAAAGGCAGUUUGUCUUUUCAUAGAAUCAAAUUUAUCUUCAUCGCCGUUUAUAGUACGAUUACGAACAAGAGUAUGGGAUAUUGAUAUCGAUACGAGGAGUUACGAGUAA